GUUGCCAUGCAAUUGUAUUCCAAGAGAGAAAUGCUUUACAAGUACCUUGGAAAUUUAAAUUUCAUUACCCGGAAGUAUAACCAGUUAUGGAGGACUAUUUUGCCUGAGGAAGCAGAGCUCAUUGCGCAUGAGAUAGGAAGAAUUAACCAGCAGUUAAAGUCUGCUUUUGACACACUGACCUGGCAGAAUGAAAACCUGUGGGAUUAUAUUGAACAGACCAGGCAACUUGUUCAAAAUGUAGGCAGUAGACUCCAGAAAGCCAAGGACAAUGUGGAAUUGAUCCAGAUCCUGCUGCUCAGACUGGGCGAAAUGCCUUUUCUUGCUCGAAAAACCAGUGUCACUUCUUCACUGCUGUCUCUUGAUAACAACGAAAGAAUGUGCCAGAUAUAUGGAAUAGUUCAAGAGAUGGGCAAGAGAAUCCAUCAGCUAGUUCAGGAUAAUCAGGGCCUCUUUCGGGCUGAUCCUGUUUCUGAAGAAUGGAAGGCCUACACUGAAUACAUAGACCGCAUGGUUUCAGAUGGACUGUUUAGAGCUAUCAAGUGUUCCCUCCAGUAUCUGAUUGAAAAUACCGAGGCAGCCGCAAAGCCCACUCCCUUAUUUGAAGUGCAGCUCACCCUCAAUGGCAACGAAAUGGCCUUUAAACCUUCGUUGGACCAUACUGUCAAUGGCAAUUUUUCUGAUACCGUGGAGGGUCUAAUCCGAAACAUUUACCUGAUUGCAUCGAAUAUAAACAGAGUUGCCCAGCAUCUUGGGCAAGACACUUAUCAGUAUGAUGUGGACCAGAUGGAUACACUGGAAGAAAUGCACCAAGAAAUCAUGAGUAGGGUGCAAUCGGUCAUUGUUAAUGUUCAGGAAUAUCAAAGCUACUUUAAGAAAUACAGCCACUUAUGGAUGGAUGAUAAAACCAAAUUUAUGAAGCAGUUCCUUCUCUAUGGACGAUUUCUUCGUACUGAAGAGCUGGAAUUAUAUGCAGACCAUGAACUUCGGAAAUGCUCCCCGCAGUUAGAUCACUUUAAACAACAGAUCAGCAUUUAUGAAACACUACAUAAGGAAGUAAGCGAGUUUGAAAAUCAGAAGACUUUUAACGGCUGGUUCCGGGUUGAUAUUAAGCCUUUUAAGAUAUCUACGAUGAAUACGAUUAAAAAAUGGAGCUGGAUGUUUAAGGAGCAUCUGCUCAACUAUGUCACCCAAAGCAUUCUGGAGUUAUCCAAGUUCAUCUUUGAUACGGAAAAAGGCUUAGCUAAAAAAGUGAAAGAAGGAGAUUAUACACUUCUGGUGGAAAUAAUGGGACAUCUCAUGGCUAUUCGUGACCGACAAUCAACUGGAGACAUUUUCAAACCUUUAAAAUCCACAGCUGAAUUGCUACAAAGUUAUGGACAACAGCUACCAGAGCAGAUUUGUAUAGAACUUGAGGAAUUACCUGAAAAGUGGAAGAACCUUAAAAAGAUUGCCUUCACUGUGAAGCAUGAAGUGGCUCCUCUGCAGUCCAAUGAAGUGUCUGUUAUCAGAAGAAAAUGUGUACUUUUUGAGGUUAAGCAGCAAGAGUUUAGAAAUGGAUUUAAAAAUGAAGUCAUCUUUAGAUUUGAUGCUGAGGAUCCUUAUGCAUGCAUGGAUAAGACUCAUAAAGACAUUGCAAAACUGGAAGAAGAAAUGAAAAAGCUUCAGGAAACAGCACACCUUUUUGAAGUGAGUGUGCCGGAAUACAAGCAGCUGAAAUGGUGCUGUUCUGAUGCCAUCUUGUUGAAGUCUGUCUGGGAUAUGGUGGUGUUUGUCCAGAUGAGCAUUAAAGACUGGAUGAAAACUCCAUGGAAACAAAUAAAUGUGGAACAAAUGGCUGUGGACCUUCGAAGAUUUGCAAAGGAUAUGAAGAUUCUGGAUAAAGAAAUACGGGCUUGGGAUGUAUAUGUGGGAUUAGAAUCAACUGUGAAGAAUCUGUUAACCUUCUUAAGGGCUGUGAAUGAACUCCAGAACAUCGCAGUUCGGAAAAGGCACUGGCAGCAACUUAUGAUUGCAACAGGGGUAUGUUUUGUCAUGAACGAAGACACAACACUGGGAGACCUUUUAGCUCUUCAGCUCCACAGGGUGGAGGAUGAAGUUAAAAGCAUUGUGGAUAAAGCUGUGAAAGAAAUGACAAUAGAAAAGGCACUCAUGGAGCUCAAUCAGACAUGGAGUGUUAUGGAUUUCUCAUAUGAACAACAUCACAGCACGGGCACACCAUUGUUGAAAUCUGACAAAAACCUCAUCGAAACGCUAGAAGACAAUCAGGUUCAGCUUCAAAACGUCCUGAUGAGUAAAUAUGUGGAGUAUUUUUUGGUCGAGGUCAGCAGCUGGCAGAAAAGGUUAAUGGUGGCAGAUAUGGUUAUUUCGAUGUGGCUGGAAGUGCAGCAAACCUGGGCCCACCUCCAGAGUAUCUUCACCAAUUCUGAGGACAUACGGAAUCAGCUUUCAGAAGAUGCUAGAAGAUUUGAAGGGAUUGAUCGAGAUUUUAAGGAACUUAUGGCGGUGGUGGUGAAGACAAAAAAAGUGAUUGAAGUAACAAAUGAGAUGGGAUUGCUUGAAAAAUUGGAAGUUCUUCAACAAAGGCUCACAGUUUGUGAGAAAUCCUUGGCUGACUAUUUAGAUGCCAAGAGGCUCACUUUUCCAAGAUUCUACUUUGUCUCAGCUGUGGAUCUAUUAGAAAUCAUCUCCAAAGGAACUCGCCCUAAGCAGAUUACCAGGCACUUGAUGAAGCUCUUUGACAAUGUGGCUGACCUCAAAUUUGAGGAGGACGAAAAUAGGGAAGCACAACAGGCCAUCGGAAUGUAUAGCAGAGAAGGAGAAUUCGUGGUAUUCUCUGAGCGCUGUUCCUGUGAGGGACAGGCAGAAUGCUGGUUAAGUCGAUUAGAAGAAACCAUGCACAUGACAGUGAAACAGAAAAUCAUGGACGCUGUGGGGGCCUACGAGGAUAAGCCACGAGACCAAUGGCUGUUUGAUUACCCGGCCCAAGUGGCUUUGACCAGCAGUCAAAUCUGGUGGGCUGCAGAUGUUAGGAUUGCUUUUGAGCGGCUCGAGGAAGGCUUUGAAACAGCUCUGAAAGACUACAACCGCAAACAGAUUGCUCAACUGAACGCCCUUAUAAACAUGCUGUUAGGGGAACUCACCCCUGGAGAUCGUCAGAAGAUCAUGACAAUGUGCACAAUUGAUGUACAUGCUAGAGAUGUUGUAGCCAAGCUUAUAGCACAGAAGGUUUCUAAUGGACAGGCCUUUCCCUGGCUAUCACAGUUGCGCCACAGAUGGGAUGAAGACCAAAGCGAGUGUUUUGUCAACAUUUGUGAUGCUCAGUUUCAAUAUGCUUAUGAAUAUCUUGGGAACAGUCCUAGGCUGGUAAUUACACCUCUUACUGACAGAUGCUAUAUUACAUUGACACAGUCUCUUCACUUGACUAUGAGUGGUGCACUGUCAGGACCUUCAGGAACGGGGAAAACAGAAACCACCAAGGACUUAGGCCGUUCUCUUGGAAUGAUGGUCUAUGUUUUCAACUGUUCAGAACAAAUGGACUAUAAGUCAAUUGGGAAUAUCUACAAAGGCCUGUGCCAAACUGGUGUAUGGGGGUGUUUCGAUGAGUUCAAUCGCAUUGCUGUGGAGGUGCUGUCUGUCGUAGCUGUUCAGGUUAAAACUAUUCAAGAUGCUAUCCGUCACAAGAAGGAAAGAUUUAAUUUUUUAGGUGAGACUAUAGAAUUGAAAGCAACAGUGGGGAUCUUCAUAACUCUUAAUCCAGGUUAUGCGGGGAGAGCAGAACUUCCAGAAAACCUUAAAGCUCUUUUUCGACCCUGUGCAAUGGUGAUUCCAGACUUUCAGCUUAUUUGUGAAAUAAUGCUGGUGGCCGAAGGCUUUGUGGACGCCCGAUUGCUUUCUAGGAAGUUUAUUUGUCUCUACACACUUUGCCAUGAACUCCUGUCCAAACAGGAUCAUUAUGACUGGGGUCUUAGAGCUAUAAAAUCUGUUUUAGUUGUGGCGGGAUCACUGAAACGAGAAGACCGAAGCAAACCUGAAGAUCAGGUUUUGAUGAGAGCCCUCAGGGAUUUUAAUAUGCCUAAGGUAGUCACUAAUGAUGUCCCUAUAUUUCUGGGCUUGAUCAAUGACUUGUUCCCAUUGCUGGAAGUUCCACGGAAAAGGGAUCUGAAGUUGGAACAGCUGGUGCGCCAGUCCAUUGCAGAACUCCAUUUGCAGCCCGAAGAAAACUUUAUACUGAAGGUUAUGCAGUUAGAAGAACUACUGACUGUCAGACACUCAGUCUUUGUGGCUGGGAAUGCUGGGACAGGUAAAAGCAAGAUAUUAAAGACGCUGCACAUGACUUAUUCCAAUAUGAAGCUGAGGCCACUAUGGAAUGAUAUCAACCCGAAAGCUGUCACUACAGAUGAACUUUUUGGGUUUCUUCAUCCAUCAUCAAGGGAAUGGAAAGAUGGCUUGUUUUCAUCCACUUUGAGGGAACUGUCAAGCAUUUCCCAUGAUGACCCCAAAUGGAUUGUGCUAGAUGGGGACAUUGAUCCCAUGUGGAUUGAGUCUCUUAACACUGUCAUGGAUGACAAUAAGGUUCUAACUCUAGCAAGCAAUGAACGUAUUUCAUUAGCACCCUCCAUGCGACUAGUGUUUGAAAUCAGCCACCUUCGGGCAGCAACUCCAGCCACUGUGUCAAGAGCUGGCAUCCUCUAUGUGAACACACAAGACCUUGGCUGGAGCCCGUACGUGACUAGCUGGAUCGAAACUCGUAAAGCACAGUCUGAAAGAGCAAACCUAACCAUCCUCUUUGACAAAUAUGUUCCUUACUGUUUGGAGCAAGUCCGAUGCAACUUAAAAACCAUCACUCCAGUUCCGGAGAACAGCAUGGUACAGACUUUGUGUUCAUUACUGGAUUGUCUCCUGACCCCAGAGAACAGUCCCCCAGACUCUCCUCGUGAACUCUACGAAAUAUAUUUUGCGUUUGCAAGUGUAUGGGCUUUCGGUGGUGCUUUGUUCCAAGAUCAGCUAAUUGAUUAUCGCAUGGAAUUUAGUAGAUGGUGGAUCAAAGAAAUGCGGACAAUAAAAUUUCCUUCCCAAGGGACAGUUUUUGAUUACUUCAUUGACCCUGAUACAAAAAAAUUUACUUUGUGGAGUGAGAAAAUUCCAGGCAUAGAAAUGGAACCAGAUGUCCCUCUCCAGACAAUCUUGAUUCAUACAUCCGAAACCAUUUGCUUGAGAUAUUUUGUGGAUUUGCUUUUGGAGAAGGGUCAGCCAAUUAUGCUGGUGGGAAAUGCUGGAGUUGGAAAAACGGUCCUUUUAUCUGACAAGUUUGCCAAGCUAUCAGAAGAGUAUAUGGUGGCCAAGGUCCCCUUCAAUUAUUAUACAACAUCUGCUAUGCUUCAGCGUGUUCUUGAAAGAUCCUUGGAAAAGAAAGCUGGCAGAAAUUAUGCUCCUCCGGGCAUGAAAAAAUUAAUUUACUUCAUUGAUGAUCUUAAUAUGCCCGAGGUCGAUGCCUACGGAACUGUCCAGCCUCAUACUCUAAUUAGACAGCACCUCGACUACAGCCAUUGGUAUGACAGACAGAAACUGAUUUUGAAAGAAAUUCACAAUUGUCAGUAUGUCACGUGCAUGAAUCCCACUGCUGGAAGUUUUUCAGUAAAUCAGCGUCUUCAGAGACAUUUCUCUGUGCUUGCUGUCCACUUCCCAGGAAUGGAUGCUUUAGCCACGAUCUAUGGCAAGAUAAUAAAUAUGCAUUUUCAGCAAGGGGGCUUCUGUUACAGUAUAGUGAAGUCUGCUGGCAUGCUUAUACAAGCUGCAAUUUCUCUGCACCAGAAGAUGACCCAGAAUUUUCUACCUACAGCCAUUCGGUUUCAUUAUAUUUUCAAUUUAAGGGAUUUGACACGCAUAUUCCAGGGAAUGCUUUUUGCAACCCCAGAGUGUCUGCGGUUGCCUAUUGACUUAGUUCAUUUGUGGUUUCAUGAAUCAUCCCGGGUCUACUCAGAUAAACUUAUGGAGGAAAAGGAUAUUGAACAUUUUAACAAGGUUCUUAUUGAUACAGCAAAAAGGUAUUUUGAGGGUGUUGAUGAGCGCAUGUUUAUCCAUAAGCCACUAAUUUACUGCCACUUUGCCCAUGGUGUUGGAGAACCUCGUUACUUUCCAGUAACUGAUUGGAAGAAGUUGACCAGAAUUUUAACAGAGGCAUUAGAGCGCUACAAUGAGCUACACGCAGCUAUGAACCUCGUUUUCUUUGAGGAUGCCAUCCAGCAUGUCUGUCGCAUCAGCCGCAUUCUUGAAGCCCCAUAUGGAAAUGCCCUUUUGAUUGGCGUUGGAGGAAGCGGAAAGCAAAGUUUGUGCCGCUUAGCUGCCUUUCUCAGCUCUCUGGAAGUCUUCCAAAUAGCGCUCCGCAAAAGUUAUGGUGUUCACGAUCUCAGGAGUGAUAUUGCGACACUUUACUUUAAAGUUGGCGUGAAGAACAUCGGUACUGUGUUUCUUCACACAGAUGCUCAGAUCCCUGAUGAGCGUUUCCUCGUAUUAAUUAACGACAUGCUGGCAUCAGGUGAUAUUCCUGAUUUAUUUAGCGAAGAUGAGGUGGAUACUAUCAUUUCUUCUACCAGGAUGGAACUACGGGGGCUUGGCCAGGCCGAUUUGAAAGAGAACUGUUGGCAAUUUUUUAUUGAACGUAUUCGUCGGCAGCUGAAGGUUGUGUUGUGUUUCUCCCCAGUGGGUUUCACCCUGAGAGCGAGAGCAAGGAAAUUUCCAGCACUUGUGAAUUGCACUGCUAUUGACUGGUUCCAUGCCUGGCCACUGGUGGCUCUCCAAUCAGUUAGCACCAGCUUCAUUGACAAGAUGGAUUUACUUGAUUCUCACGUGAAGCCUUCAAUCAGCGAGUUCAUUGCAUUUGCACAUACAAGUGUCAAUGAAGUAAGUGUCAAGUACCAGCAGAAUGAGAAGCAUUAUAACUAUACCACGCCAAAGAGUUUCCUGGAACUCAUUAAACUUUACCAGAAUCUGCUGGGGAAGAAAAGAAAAGAGUUGGUUCAAAAAAUGGAAAGAUUGGGAAAUGGCUUACAAAAACUGCAGACUACAGCAUCACAGGUAGAAGAUCUGAAGUCAAAGCUUGCCAUUCAAGAGAUAGAACUUCAUCAAAGAAACAAAGACACGGAGGCUCUCAUUGACAAAAUUGGACUGCAGACGGAAAAACUAAGUCAAGAAAAAGCCACAGCUGAUGACGAGGAGCGGAAGGUGGCAGCUAUUCAAGCAGAAGUAACAAAGCAGCAGCAAGAAUCUGAAAAUGACCUUGCAAAAGCUGAGCCAGCUCUUAAUGCAGCAAAUGCUGCCUUGAAUACACUAAACAGGCUAAACCUGACAGAGCUAAGAACUUUCCCAAAUCCACCUGCUAUUGUAACAAAUGUGACAGCUGCUGUUCUCAUCCUUCUGUCCCCAAGUGGCAAGAUUCCAAAGGACAGAAGCUGGAAAACCACAAAGAUGUACAUGAGUAAGGUGGAUGAAUUCCUCCAAGGUCUUGUCAAUUUUGAUAAAGAACAUAUCCCUGAAGCAACAGUUAAAGCUGUGCAAGAAGAUUACCUGAAUGAUCCAGAGUUCAACCCAGAAUUUGUACGGACAAAAUCUUCAGCUGCUGCUGGUCUCUGUGCAUGGGUUAUUAAUAUUAUUAAAUUCCACGAGGUAUAUUGUGAAGUGGACUUAAAGCGACAAUCACUGGCACAAGCCAAUGCGGACUUGAUCGUGGCAGCGGAAAAACUUGACUCUAUUAGAAAGAAGCUCCUUGAACUAGACAUAAACCUGGCUGCCUUCACCACCGCCUUUGAGAGGGCUACAGCUGACAAAAUCCGCUGCCAGGAAGAAGUGAAUAGAACUAACAAGACUAUUGAGCUGGCCAACAGAUUAGUGAAAGGUCUGGAGUCUGAGAAUGUAAGAUGGGCUCAGUCGGUAGCGCAAUACCAUGAACAAGAGAAGACACUGAGUGGGGAUGUGCUUCUAACAGCAGCUUUUAUUUCAUAUGCUGGGCCAUUUUCAAAAUGCUACCGGCACGAGCUAGUUCAAAAUCUGUGGCUGCCCUUUUUGAGAAGCCAGAAGGUCCCUAUUCCAAUGACUGAAGGUCUUGAUCCAAUCUCUAUGCUGACGGAUGAUGCAACAAUUGCUGAAUGGAACAAUGAAGGCUUGCCUAGUGAUCCCAUGUCCACACAAAAUGCCACUAUUCUCACAAACUGUGAACGUUGGCCUGUAUUGAUUGACCCCCAGCACCAGGGGAUCAAAUGGAUAAAAAGCAGAUACGGCUCAGAUUUGAAAGUCAUCCAUUUGAGUCAGAAAGGGUAUGUCGAUGUUAUAGAAGCGGCUGUUGUUGCUGGAGAUUCUGUUUUAAUAGAAAACCUGGAGGAGACCAUUGAUCCUGUGCUUGACCCUAUCCUUGGGAGACACAUGCUAAAGAAGGGAAGGUAUAUUAGAGUUGGAGAUAAGGAAUGUAAAUUUCAUCUAAAAUUCCAGCUCAUCCUCCAUACAAAACUUGCUAAUCCUCACUAUAAACCAGAAAUCCAGGCCCAGACUACAUUGAUCAAUUUUACAGUUACACGAGAUGGUUUAGAAGAUCAGUUGUUGGCAGAUGUUGUUAAUAUGGAAAGACCAGACCUGGAACACUUCAAGUCUGAACUCACAAAGCAGCAAAAUUAUUUUAAAAUUGAGCUGAAAAUGCUUGAAGAUGAAUUACUGACACGCCUUUCAGCUGCCGAGAGUAAUUUCCUUGGGGAUACCCUCCUGGUAGAGAGGCUAGAAACAACAAAACACACAGCAGCAGAAAUAGAAAUUAAGGUUAUGGAAGCAAACAUCAAUGAAGUAAAGAUCAACGAGGCUCGUGAGCAUUUUCGCCCGGUAGCAGCAAGAGCAUCCCUGCUCUACUUCCUCAUGGAUGAGCUGAAAAAAAUCAAUCCAAUGUAUCAGUUCUCACUCAAGGCAUUUAAGGUUGUAUUCCACAAAGCUGUGCAGCAAGCAGAACCGUCCAACAAUGUGAAGGAGAGGGUCAACAACUUGAUUGACUGUGUAACCUACUCUACUUUUAUUUACAUCAGUCGUGGCCUUUUUGAGAGGGAUAAGCUUACCAUCACUGCCCAAGUGGCUUUCCAGCUUUUGCUUAUGAAUAAGGAGAUUGAUGCUCGUGAGCUGGAUUUCCUUUUGAGAUUUAAUAUCGAUCACAGUUACAACAGCCCUCUGGAAUUCCUCUCCAACUCUACCUGGAGUGCAGUAAAGACAAUGAGCUUCAUGGAUGAAUUUCGUGGCUUGGACAAAGAUAUCGAAGGGUCUCCAAAACGAUGGAAAAAAGUGGUGGAGUCAGAAUGUCCAGAGAAAGAGAAGUUUCCACAAGAAUGGAAGACAAAAAGUUCCCUGCAGAAACUGAUUAUGAUGAGAGCUUUGAGACCCGAUCGAAUGACUUAUGCUGUCAGGAACUUUGUUGAAGAGAAACUUGGAGCCAAAUAUGCAGAGGGACGUAAAACUGACUUCGCCAAAUUGUUUCAAGAAAGUGGUCCUGCUUCGCCCAUAAUAUUCAUUUUAUCUCCCGGUGUUGACCCACUGAAAGACGUUGAAUCUUUAGGCAGCAAGCUUGGCUUUACCAUUGAUUCAGGGAAGCUUCACAAUGUCUCUUUGGGUCAAGGGCAAGAAGUCAUCGCAGAGAUGGUUAUGGAAAAGGCAUCAAAAGAAGGCCACUGGGUUAUACUUCAAAACAUUCUUGAUCAGUGUACUCGGGAACAGGAGUUUAAGACCAUUCUGUUUUCACUCUGCUACUUCCAUGCCUGUGUGGCUGAGCGACGGAAAUUUGGACCCCAGGGCUGGAACAGGAAAUACCCUUUUAACAAUGGGGACCUUACCAUUUCGGUCAAUGUGCUGUACAAUUACCUGGAAGCAAACUCACAGAUACCUUGGGAAGAUCUCCGUUACUUGUUUGGUGAGAUUAUGUAUGGUGGUCAUAUUACAGACGAUUGGGAUAGGAGACUUUGCCGCACUUACUUGGAAGAGUAUAUGCAACCCCAUCAGCUUGAUAGGAGGCUGGUCCUCGCUCCUGGCUUUGUAGUUCCUUCGAACCUGGAUUACCAAGGUUACCACAAAUAUAUUGAUGAAAUGCUUCCGGCUGAAAGCCCAGUCCAUUACGGCCUUCAUCCCAAUGCAGAGAUUGAAUUCUUGACAGCGACUUCAGAUAACCUGUUCCGUACACUGCUUGAACUGCAGUCCCAAGAGUCCAUCAUUGGAGAAGGAGCAUCGCAGACAGUGGAAGAAAAAGUAAAGGUCAUAUUAGAUGACAUUCAAGAGAAGCUUCCAGAAGGAUAUAACAUGGUGGACAUUACCUCAAAAACGGCAGAACGCACUCCGUAUAUCCUGGUUUGUUUUCAAGAAUGUGAGCGAAUGAAUAUACUAAUACAUGAGAUAAGGCGUUCUCUUAAAGAACUUGAUCUGGGCCUUAAGGGUGAGUUGGCAAUCUCUGCUGAGAUGGAGCAACUACAGACAGCUCUUUUUUUUGAUAAUCUUCCUGACACUUGGAUGAAACUGGCUUAUCCAUCAACAUACAGCCUUGCACAGUGGUACAGCGAUCUCCUCCUGCGGUGUCGUGAGCUUGACUCCUGGGCACAGGAUCUCGCCCUCCCUAGCGUUGUCUGGAUAUCAGGCUUUUUCAACCCCCAGUCCUUCCUCACAGCUGUCAUGCAGAGUCUAGCCCAUAAAAAUGAAUGGCCUUUGGAUAAAAUGCACAUAACCGUAGAUGUUACCAAAAAAUAUAAAGAGGAGUUUGCACAGCCUGCUAGAGAAGGGGUAUACAUACACGGCCUGUACUUGGAAGGUGCUCGCUGGGAUGUUCAAGGGGGCCAUAUAGCUGAAGCUUCCCUGAAAGCACCAACACAAGCGAUGCCUGUUAUUUUUGUGAGAGCCAUCCCCAACGACAGACAAGAGAACAGAAAUGUUUAUGAAUGCCCAGUAUAUAAAACUAAACUAAGGGGCUCCACUUACGUGUCGACGUUCCAUUUAAAAGCCAAGGAAAGGCCAGCAAAGUGGAUUCUUGCUGGUGUUGCAUUGCUUUUAAGUGUGUGAUUAUGAUGCAGUU